AUGGAUAAAUACGUGACUGGGUUGAAAAGAAAAUUUAAUGAAGCAGAAGAAGAGGGUGGUGAAAAUGAUGGAAAUGUUUCUUCACAAAAUAGUAAAACUAAACAUAGAAAAUAUGAUCCAAUGUACUUAUCAUUGGGAUUUACGUAUAAGAUCAUUAAUGGUCAAGAACGACCAAUGUGUUUGCUGUGUAUGAAUACUUUGGCCUCAGAUAGCAUGAAACCAAGUAAAUUAAAACGACAUCUGGAAAAAGUGCACGCCGAUCAUGUUGGCAAAACAAAAGAAUUUUUCCAAAGAAAAUUAGAUAACUUAAAUAAACAGAAAGAAUCGUUUUCAAAAGCUUUGUCUGUAUCACAAAGAGCGUUACUUGCGUCAUACAAAGUUUCGUAUAGAAUUGCUAAAUGCAAAAAACCCCAUUCAAUAGGAGAAACUUUAGUGCUACCAGCAGCUAUUGACAUAAUAGCUACGAUGUUUGGUGAAUCAUAUGCUGAUCAAAUUAAAAGCAUUCCGCUGGCAGAUAAUACGGUGGGAAGACGGAUAUCAGAUAUAUCUGAUGAUCUUUGCGAUCAGUUGAUAGAAAAAAUUAAAUUAUCUUCUUUCGCGUUGCAAGUAGAUGAGGCUACCGAUGUUGCUAAGGAUGCACACUUAAUAACAUAUAUAAGAUAUGUUAUGGAAAAUGAUAUUAGAGAAGAGUUGUUAUUCUGUAAGACAAUUGAAGGCAAAGCUACGGCGAGUGAAAUUUUUAAUAUGAUUGAUAACUUUUUUAUUGAAAAUGGUAUUUUAUGGGAGAACUGUGUUGGACUGUGCACUGAUGGAGCUCCAUCUAUGGCAGGAAAAAAUGCUGGUCUGCAGGCCCUAGUUCGAAAAGUGGCUCCUCGUGCAGUUUGGACGCAUUGUAUGAUUCAUAGGCAAUCUCUUGUUGCAAGAAAUAUGGGUGAAGAAUUACUUGAAUCCAUUAAGAGAAAGGCUUUUGGAAAAUUGUGUGAUGACAUGGGCUCAGAAUACAAAGCACUACUUUAUUAUUGUGAAGCACGUUGGCUUUCUCGUGCUAAAGUACUUCAAAGGGUGUUUGAGCUCAAAAAAGAAAUUGCCAUUUUUCUUGCUGAUAAUAAAAGAGAUGAAGCAGACAUAUUUUAUGACACGAAGUUUCUCGCAAAAUUUGCGUAUCUAGUUGACAUCUUUAAAAGACUAAGUGAUUUAAAUAAAUCAAUGCAAGGAACUCAAAUUCAUGCUUUUGUUCAAAAGGACAAGAUUACGGCGUUUAUGAAAAAAAUAGAGCUGUGGAUAGCUAGUAUGAAAAGUAAUAACUUUGAUAUGUUUCCUUCUUUUAAAACUACAUGUGUUAAUGAUGAUGAAAUAGAAGCAAAGCAGGAAAUGAUAAUUGAUUUAUCUAGUGAUAGCACAUUGAAGCAGAUGUUUCAGGACGAAAAGAAUAUUGUUAAGUUUUGGUUACAAGUAAGGGACGAUUUUCCAACUUUGACAAAUAAAGCCUUAGAAAUUUUAUUACCAUUUGUGACAUCCUACUUAUGUGAAACUGGUUUUUCUGCAGUAGCAGUAUUAAAAACAAAGUACCGAUCUCGUUUAGUGAUAGAAAAGGAACUGAGAACAGCGAUUUCUACAAUGGAGCCGCGGUUUGAGAAAAUUUGUGCUGAAAAACAAGCUCAACUGUCGCAUUAA